UCAAGUUAUCAUGGUGUCCGUGUUGGGUCUUUCGGUUCUCCUUGGCCUGUGGCUGAUGUUUCAGGCCGCGUGUGAGGACGCUUCCAGUACCACUGCGGGUGUAGUUGCCGAGGUGCAGGCUGCUGCCAAUCUCGACUUUAACUUUAUCAACGACGACCUGGAGGAGAUCCGCACUAAUUUCUUCCGCAGCUUGGAAGACGACAACAACCGGUCCGCCGCUAAUCUGAGCGUCGUUCUGGAUCAGCUCUACCUGCACGAUCUGCCGUCCAACACAACAGGGUACAACCUGUCGUGUCUCCAGGAGAUAAGGGAGGACCUCCAGGACACUUUACAGGACAUGAUAGUGGGAAUUGAGUCCUGCGGGAAUUUGUCGAAUGCUAUGGAACAAAUAGACUCCAGUAUAGUUCGGUACGAAGAGCUAAAGUCUAACGUGACCCAGAUCUCCAAGAAUUUGACCUCUCUCCUGGCCACAUGCUCCUCACAGUAUCCUGCACAGUCAUGGGACCUGGUGACCUGUGUCUUCCAACAGGUGGCUACGACCCACAGUCUGCUCGCUCCAUACUGGGCCGAGUUCCAGGAGCUGAACCGUGCUGCGGGGGCCGAGCUUCUGCUUCUCCACUUUGACACCUUCCGCUGCUACCAAGCGUCCCUCACCCUUCUGGGGUCCGUGAACCAGACCGUUCUCCAGGAAGUUGCGACCUGCAAGACAUAAACUCUGUGGCAUAUUACGGAUAUCCCAGACUUGAGUUCAAACUGAUAUGAUUUACAGACGUAUAACUUAAGAAUAAAACUGUUUACAAAUAAAA